AUGAGAGAUUACUUACAUAUACCAAACGAAUUUGAAGCUAUAGAAAUAGCAAAUAAUUUUGAGAAAAUAUGCCACAUACCUCAAAUUAUUGGGUGUAUCGAUGGAUCACACGUACCUAUAUUGGCUCCUGCUAAAGGCUACAGAGAUUAUGUGAAUCGAAAAGGCUGGCCUUCAUACAAUUUUCAAGCAGUUAUCGAUGACAGAUAUUUAGAGAUAUUUGCAUCCGACACCCUGGAAAAAACUCACGACGCUGCAGUAUUUAAAGACUCUAAUCUGUACAAAAAUAUUAUCCUGGUUUCGCACUGCGGAACCAAGAUAAUCCAACAAGAUUCUUUUAAUGUACAUUUUAAUUCUGCUAGAGUUCGCGUGGAAAUGGCUUUUGGCAGAUUACGAAGACGCUGGAAAAUUCUUCUGAAAAGAAUAGAUGUAUCAUAUAUAUUUGUUCCGAAUAUAAUCAGUGCGUGCUGCAUUCUACAUAACUUUUUAGAAUACACAAAUGAACAGUUUGUGCAGCAAUGGCUUGAACAUGUGGCUGAAGCAAAAAUAAUGAUUCCACAACCAGAUAAUGCAAUUAAUCGAGAAUGUAACAAUAUUUUUGGUUCAGAUAUUCGAGAUGGAGAUGAUAAAACUGAUACAUUUGGAGAUGUUUGCGAAAAUAUCGACGAACUACUAUUUGAGUUACGUGAUAACAUUGAUGACGAAGGAUUGCACAUUAAACUACUUGGUGUAUUUGAAGAAAAUGCGGAAGAUGUAGGGAAUUGA